AUGUCACGGGUAUUACAGUCGGAUAGUUCGUCCAGGGAAGGAAAACACGUCUGGAGCAAAGAUGCGAAAUUCGCGUUGAUGUUGAACAAGUUCAUUGUGUGGCCGUUGGGACUUUGGCCGCUUGAGUGCGAUGAUGCGUUUUCGCGAUUUCGGAAUUUUUACGCUGUCGUGUCGCAGGUAUGGAUGAUAGGCACUCAAGCGACGGCUGCAUACCUGGGAUGCGGGGACGUAGCCGAUACCGUCGACUUUGUCAUGAUGACAGCGUGUGCCUUGAUGGCCCUGUCGAAAAUCGUGACGAUCCGUCUGCACAUGAGCAAAGUCCACACGGUCUUCGUCUCUGCUCUGGACGACUGGCUCGCCGUCGACGUCGACAAAUCUCGCGACGUCCUAAUCCCGUUCGCCAAAACCGGCAGAUUCGUGUUUUACUUGCAGAUGGUCUCGGCCUACAUGUCCAAUACCCUGAUCAUCAUCGGGGCGCUGCCUUUUCUCAUACCGCCUGCGGCUAAUGGAACUUGGGCCAACGUAUCGGAGACGUUGCAGUCGAGGCAACUGCCCAUGAGAACCGGUUGCAUGUUCGCCGGCUACCGGGACGAGAUUUACGGAUCGUUGUAUGUCUACGAGAGCGUCAUGAUCAUGAUCACUGCUCACGGCAACGUAGGCUGCGAUGUGCUAUUUUUCAUCCUCGCCAUGCAUCUGUGCGGUCAGAUCGAGUUGCUGAAGACUGACGUGUUGAAGAUCGGUGAAGACGAGAAGGUACCGGGAGAAUGGAAGAACAAGAUCGUCGAGUGUGUUCACAGACACAUUAGGUUGCUAGGUAUGGCUAAGGCUCUGAAUAAGGUCGUAUCCGGAGUGCUGGUCAUUCAACUCUUGCUCAACGCUGGAUUGAACCUGAUGCUCGGUAUUCGCAUGCUGAUCGAGAUCAAGAGGGGCUCGAUAUUCAACGCCGUGAGGCCGAUGAUAGGCUUCAAUGUGUUGAUGCUGCAGCUGUAUCUGUUGAGCUACGCGAGCGAUCGUCUCUCCAGUCAGGCCGAAUCGAUCCUCGACGCCGUUUACGACAGUUACUGGUAUAAGUUACCGGCGAAACUACGGAGGGAUCUCUAUUUCGUGACUAUGAGGGCCAACAAGCCGAUAUACUUCAUGGCUGGACACUUUUACGCUAUGAACAUUGAAAAUUUUAUGAAUAUUCUGAAAGCUUCGUUCUCCUACUUUUCCAUUUUACGGAUUAUGUUCCAGGCAUAG